GGGCUGCUCCCCGGUCCCAGGUCGCGCACCGCCCGGAGACAGCGCUGCGGCAGCGGGGACCCCCGGCACCAUGGCAGCGCCGCAGGGCGAGGGGGAGGCCCAGAAGCUGCGGUUCGGGCCCUGGCUCCUGAGCGCCGUCAGCAGCGGGAACUACCCGGGACUCUGCUGGAUCGAUGAGGCCAACGGCAUCUUCCGUGUCCCCUGGAAGCACAACGCCAGGAAGGAUGUCACCAGUAGCGACGUGGAGAUCUUCAAGGCCUGGGCAAUGGCAAGUGGGCGAUAUGAUGGGUGCACUGAUGACCCGGCCAAGUGGAAGACCAACUUCCGCUGCGCCCUGAGGAGCACCCGCAUGUUCAGGAUGCUGCAUGACAACUCCAAACGUGGUGACGACCCACACAAAGUCUUUGCUAUCAGCUCAGCCCUUGGGCAUGGCGAGGAGGGAGAUUUUGGCAGCCCUGACCCUGCGGUGGACCAGCCGACGCUGCACCAGCCGGCGCAGCUGGAGCUCGCCUCUCAAGACACGGCCCCAGAAAUGGCCCCCCUAGGCAACAACGACCCCGCACAGCUCCCAGUGCUGGACAACCUGGAUGAGCUGCAGCGGGUGCUGCAACAUUGCAACAUCUCCCCCCGCAACGUUGGGACCCUGGACCCAGCCUGGCCACCUGCAGUGGAUGCCCCCCACCAGGACAUGCUGCUCCAGCCUCACCAAGAUCUCAGCCAAAACAACUGCCUCCCACCGCCGACGUGUCAGCAGUGGGUGCCAUUGGCACAGCAACCCGCCUUGGGCGCCUACGGCCCCUUGGACCCCAUGCUGCUGGACGACCCAGAGCCCACGCCGCUGCCGUGCCACCCACCAGAGGCCAUGGUCCCUGUGCUGUCCCCAGGGGAGGCCGUGCUCUUCGCUCGGGCCCCCAGCCCUGUGCCACCGCCGCCGCCGGAGGAUAACCCAGGUAGCAUCAUCUCUGCCCUGGACAUCACCAUCUUCUACCGGGGGAGGGUUGUCCACCAGCAGGAGGCGAAGGGCAGCCACUGCCUGCUGGUGUACCAGCCCUGCGACCCAGCGGUGGCCGAGCGCCCGGGGUGCCAGGUGCACUUCCCCAGCCCCGCCGAGCUGGCCGACAGGAAGCAGCGGAAAUGGACUGAGGAGCUGCUGGGCAACGUGGGGCUACAGCUGGAGCAACGGGCCAACAAGAUCUUUGCUACCCGCCUGAAGAAGUGUAAGAUCUUCUGGGCCCUGUCCCAACAACUGGAGAGCGGCGAGGACCCCCCAUACAACAUGCUCUGCCGGGACCAGGAAACCGCCAUCUUUGACUUCAACGACUUCUGCACAGAGUUGAGGGACUUCCACAACCGCCAAAGGCAGCAGUCCCCUGACUUCACCAUCUACCUCUGCUUUGGGCAGUUAUUCUCCAAGGACAGGGACAAGGGCAAGGACACCAAGCUCAUCCUGGUCAAGCUGGUGCCCAAAUUCUGCGAGUACUGGCACAGGCAGGUGCAGCUGCAAGGAGCCUCCUCCCUGGACAGCGGCACCGUCAGCCUGCAGCUCUCCGACUCCUUCAGCCUCUUCGAGCUCAUCGAGCAGUACAUGGACAUGGACUGACCCUCACCCACUCUGCUCCCCCUUGGCCCCCCAGGACAGGCACCAGCCCGUGCUGGGGGCCACCGGGCAUCAGGGGCCAUUCAACCCAGCAUUCCUCCAGGAGCACCACGGUGGGAUGCCUAUGGUGUGGACCUUUCCUCUUCUGCUCCCCCCACAGCUUUGCUGGCCGGUCCUGGAGCUGACAUGUUGCUUUUCCCCUCUGGUAGUCGCUAAUGUGUGCUUUUUGUGGAGUGGGUUCAUUUACAGAUUUAUUUUCUUAAGUUUUCUAAGUUUAAAUAUA